AUGGACAUUUUAGAAGACACGGGUAUGCUUGGCUGUAAACCGAGCAAAUUUCCCACGGAACAAAAUCUCAAGCUCAACAAGGGGGAUAACGAAGAUCGGAUCGACGCCAACAUGUAUCAGCGUCUCGUUGGUCGACUGCUCUAUUUGCAAGCCACUCGUCCAGACAUCACUUAUUCAGUAAAUGUAUUGAGCCAGUUUGUUUCAGAUCCUCGAGCCAAUCAUUGGCGUGCAGUUUUACGAUAUCUUAAAGCAAGCUUGGGACAUGGGAUACUACUACCGAAAGAUGGGUCGCCAGAUUUAGUCGCUUACAGUGAUUCCGAUUGGCUUGGAUGUCCGUAUUCACGUCGUUCUAGAAUAGGUUAUUUGUUGAUCUUAGGUGGAGCUCCUGUCUCUUGGAAGUCGAAGAAACAAUCAGUCGUCUCUCGCUCUUCAGCGGAGGCUGAAUAUCGAGCAAUGGCCACCACUGUCUGCGAGAUUCUAUGGGUUCGAUGGUUAUUAUUAGAACUAGGUCUGAAGGUCACUACCGCUACGCCACUUCUCUGUGAUAAUCAAUCAACUCGUCACAUUGCUCACAAUCCUGUUUUUCACGAGAGAAUGAAGCAUGUGGAGAUGGACUGCUUCUUUGUUCAUGAAAGAGUAGAGUCUAAAGAGAUAGCUCCGGUUUAG